CUGGCUUCGCUUGCAGAACAUUGCAGAACAACCCCCCAUAGAACCCUUCCGCUCGAUCUCGACCUCGAUUCCGCCGCGCAACCCCUCCCGUUCCUCUAAAGAUCGCGACUUUCCUUCCCUCCGCCCUUGAAUCCACCCCUUGAGCUGCUGCUUGACGCCGCCGAUGUCGUCCCCUGACGUGGACGCCGCAUCCCUCAUCGUAUUCCUCCCCCGAACCGCCCUCUCCCCCAUCCUCGCUGUCGUCCUCAUUGCCUUUUCCGUUCUCUGGUUCUGCCCUGGCGGCCUCGCCUGGGCGUUCUCCAAGGCCCAUGCUUGCUCCAUACCCGGCCCGCCUGGUUUCGUGUCCGCCCUCUCCGGCGACGCCGCUCACCGGGUGCUCGCGGGGCUCGCCAAUUCGCUCAAAGCCGUCGAUUUGAUGGCCUUCUCCGUGGGCCUCACUCGGUUCGUCGUGUCGAGCCAUCCCGACACGGCGAAGGAGAUCCUCAACAGUUCGGCCUUCGCCGACCGCCCCAUCAAGGAGUCCGCCUACAUGCUCCUCUUCCACCGCGCCAUGGGGUUCGCCCCGUUCGGCGAGUACUGGAGGAACCUGAGGCGGGUUUCCGCUACCUACUUGUUCAGCCCUCGGCGGAUUGCCGCGGCCGGCGAGCACCGGAGGGCGAUCGGAGAGCAAAUGGUGGCUGACAUCCGAGACCUGAUGGCGAAGAACGGCGUGGUGGAGGUGAAGAAACUCCUGCACUUCGGGUCUCUGAACAAUGUCAUGAUGAGUGUCUUUGGCAAAAGAUUCGAUUUUGGCAAGGGUGAGGGGUUGGAGUUGGAGGGGCUUGUCAAGGAAGGGUACGAGCUGCUUGGUGUGUUCAAUUGGGCGGAUCACUUUCCUCUGCUGGGGUGGCUGGACUUGCAGGGUGUGAGGAAGAGGUGCAGGGCUCUGGUGAAGAGGGUAAACGCCUUUGUGGGGAGCAUCAUAGAGGAGCACAAGCAGGGUAGAGCCAUUGGGGCUGUGGUGGAUGGUGCGGGAAGCUUUGUGGAUGUUCUGCUUGGUCUGCAAAAGGAGGAGAAGCUUUCUGAUGCUGACAUGGUUGCUGUUCUCUGGGAAAUGAUCUUUAGAGGAACGGACACGGUUGCCAUCCUCUUGGAAUGGAUAGUGGCCAGAGUGGUGCUGCACCCUGACAUCCAAUCCAAAGCUCAAUCCGAGAUCGAUUCGGUGGUAGGAACCUCACGCCCUGUCUGUGAUGCCGACAUCGCAAGCUUUCCUUAUCUGCAAGCCAUCGUGAAGGAAUCCCUCAGGCUGCAUCCACCUGGUCCACUCCUCUCCUGGGCUCGCCUGGCGAUACAUGAUGUCCACGUGGGAGACCACUUCAUCCCUGCCGGCACCACUGCCAUGGUGAACAUGUGGGCGAUAACCCACGAUGGCUCCGUAUGGGCGGAGCCAAAUGAGUUCAAGCCGGAGCGUUUCAUGGUGGAGGAUGUGAACGUUCUGGGUUCUGACCUGAGGUUGGCUCCAUUUGGGGCAGGCAGGAGGGUGUGUCCCGGAAAGGCCAUGGGAUUAGCCACUGUUCAUCUGUGGCUGGCCCAGCUCCUACAGAGCUUCAAAUGGGUGCCUGCAGAUGGUGGUGUGGAUCUCUCAGAAAGCUUGAAGAUGUCACUUGAGAUGAAGAAGCCUUUGGUGUGCAAAGCUGUUGCCAGGUGCUGAUCUGAUGUCGGUGCAUGGAGUACUGCUGCUGGGAAGUGAUGCUUUGGUGGUAUAGUUUCUAACUAGUCCUUUAGAUAGGAAGAAAGCUCAGUGGUCGGAGAUCAUUUUGUCCUGGGUAUCUCCAUCACCAUGUAACCUGAUAGUUGGGCUUGCUCUAUAUGCCUCCCUAAAUCUUAAGGCUUAGUUAGUUUCAGUACAUGUGAAUGACUAUAGGUGAAAUGUUAAUAUCACUAUGUUGCUUGUGUGGAAGUGUUGUUUUGUUGUCUGCUCUGAUGUUGGAAUAUACAUAUGCAAGGAUCACUUCAUCCUA